CGCCGAGCCGGAAGCGGGGCGGUUGCCUGGCAACGGUUGCCAGGCGACGGCGGCGGCGGUGGCGACCGGGGCCUGGCCGGGGCCUAGGCCGGGCCUGGGUAUGGCGGCGGUGCCGGUCGGCACCUUCCCCGGCUUCAUGACCGAGGGGACGCUGCUGUACCGGCGGGGAGAGUACGGCAAGGCCCUGGCCUGCUUCGACAACGCACUGAAGCUGAGAGCAGAAGACAAGCACUGCCUAGUUGCCCGCUCAAAAUGUUACCUGAGACUUGGAGACAUGGAAAAUUCCCUGAAAGAUGCUGAAGCUUCACUCCAAAAUGACAAAACGUUCCCCAAGGGCCUUUACCAAAAAGCUGAGACAUUAUAUACCAUGGGUGACUUUGAGUUUGCGCUAGUGUUUUAUCAUCGAGGCUACAGACUACGCCCAGAACUACAGAAGUUCAGGCUGGGUAUCCAGAAAUCCCAGGAGGCAAUUGUCAACUGCAUUGGAAGUCCAUCCUCAGUUAAACUGGAGAACAAAGAGGAUCUGUGCUUUAUAAGCAGGCAGGCAGAGAGCAAAAAAGCAAAUCAGAAACUCCAAAUAAAACUGACCAAGGAUCAACAGUGGACAAAGAAACAGGAGCCCCAGAGGAACCCAAAAGUAGAGCGACAGCUUCUUGGAGAGCUUUAUGCUGACAAGGCCUACCUAGAAAAGUUGCUCAAGGAUGAAGAUCUGAUGAAGAGCUGCACAAAGAAGGGGAUCAAAGUAGCAGACAUGGUGUUGAGUGGCAUUGCCUACCUGGACACACGCACUGAGUUCUGGCAGCAGCAGAAGCCUAUUUAUGCCCGUGUGAGGGAGCGUAAGCUCAGGCAGCAAAGGUGGAUCCGAGACAAGAAGCGAAAACCAGCUGAGGUUGCCAGAUACAUUGUGAAGAGUAUGGAGGACAUUGAUAUGUUACUGACUGGUGGCUCCCCUGAAGAAAGCUGCAAGAAAGCUGAGCAUGUGCUAAAAACAAUACAAGGAUGGUCAGAUGAUGAAGUUCCCAACAAGAAUGAACUGAUUGGAAACCUGCACAGCUGCAUUGGGAAUGCUCAGUUAGAGAUGGGCCAGAUGGAAGCAGCCCUGCAAAGCCAUAAAAUGGAUCUCGAAUUUGCUAGGCAGAACGAUCUACCAGAUGCCAUAUCCAGAGCCCUUGAUAACAUCGGCAGAGUUUAUGCCAGAAUCGGCAAAUUCCAGGAAGCUAUUGACACUUGGGAGGAGAAAAUUCCAAUGGCAAAAUCAAGCCUGGAAAAGACCUGGCUGUUCCAUGAAAUUGGCCGAUGUUACCUUGAGCUUGAUAAAGCUGAAGCAGCCCGAAAUUACGGAGAGAAGUCCCUGCAGUCAGCAGAUGAAGAGGGAGAUGUUGAGUGGCAACUCCAUGCUAGCGUACUGGUGGCACAAGCACAAGAAAAAUUAAAGGAUUACCGCUCUGCAAUCAUGAACUUUGAAAAAGCCCUUGAGAAGGCAAAGCUUGUUCACGAUGAUCCUGCUCAGAAGGCCAUCAUUACUGCCUUAGAUGACGUGAGCAGAAGCUUCAUUGAAGACCUUAAAGAAAGAGGAAGAGAAAUGAGAGAUUACUCUUUUAAAGAUUUUGAUUUCAGCAAUGAAAACACAGACGAUGACAACUUGGAGAAGGACAGAGAGGGAAAGGAAAGCGGGAAGGAAAGCACAGAGAAUCAAGAAGGUGAAAAGGAAGAUGAAGGUGCCAAGAACGAUAAAGAGCAUGAGAGUAAAGAAGAGGAGAGCAAAAGAGACGGCGAGGAGAGCAAAAGAGAUGAGGAGAGCAAAAGAGAUGGAGAGGAGAGCAAAAGAGAGGAAGAAGAAACAGGGCAUGAUGAAAAGCAGCCAAACCUCGCGUUGGAGUAGAGCAGCAUUUCCUGAGCAGUUAGAGGGCAGAAUAAACCUUAGUGCUGAGCGUU